AUGUCUACUCCCAGGACCCCUACGCGCCGUUCGACGCGUUCACAGAACUUCCACAUUGUCAGUUCUCCCACCAAAGCGGUAGAUGCCUCUCAAUACACCUGGACCUCCCAUAUUCCCAUCUUUACUCGGGCUUUGGAUCUGAAAUGGGACCUCCUCGACGACGACCGCUUAGAAUUCGAAACAUUGGACGAGGAGGAGAAGGAUGGGCUCGAAACCCACUUUUAUGAGGAGUUCAGAAUUGGGGCCACCACGAAGAAAUCCGGUAAAGGCCGUGCAGGUAAAAGGAAAGCCGGCGAGGGAUACACAACCUCAACCUAUGCUAUCGGUGACACUGUGCUCGUCAAUUCGAGCAAUCGCUUGCCUAGUAUAGCUGUCAUUGUCGAUAUGUGGGAGACUGAUCUAGAAAGGGCAGAAUCAGAGAAAAUACGCGUCCGAGUACAUUGGUUUGAUAGACCAAGUGAUCUACCGUCUAUUCGUGCUAAGAGAUAUCACCACGAUAACGAAAUAUACUAUAAUAUAUCGGAAACCUCAAUCUUAUACCCAAGUACCAUCAUAUCCCAUUGUACGGUCGAGAAAGGUGAGGCCCUCGCUAAACCUUCGACUUCGAAAACAGGCCGUUGGAUCAUCAAGUCCAUAGAAGAUGUUGAUCAGAAGUUCCAGUGCUUGCUCGCUAUCGACUCUAGACGUGGUAUCUACUACAACUUUGACUGGUCUCUACAUCGCAAAGAGGCACUAGAAGCACGGACAACCUUAACCGACAGUGAAUGGGGUACAGGCAAUGCUUGGGAUGUUACCGCUAUGGAUGAAUUCCAAGACGACGCUCAGGGCAGGGUGAAGGCGGAGGAGAAGAAAUCAUCCCGAACAUCUGCAUCUCCGCGUAAACGAGUCAAAGAUGAAUCUGAGGAGAAGGAGGAGGGGGAGGAAGAAUCCCAUAAACCCACGGCAAAGAAACAUACCCAAAGGAAGCCCGCACGACAGAGACGCGCUGUAACCAACAGCGAGGACCGUUCCAAGUCCACGAAGCCUAUGCCCAAGCCUAAACGCACUGUACGGAUGGUGAAGGAGGAUGUGCUCGAAUUAGAUGAUGACCUUUCUAGCGGGGCUGAAUACAAAGAUGAGGAGCUUUCAGACGAAGACGAGGAGCAUGAGGCGGAACUUUCUGACAACGCAUCUGAACCUGCAACUUCCGAUGAGGACGACAUCGACGACGACGUACCGAAGACUCCAUCUAGGAAACGUAAACGCGCAGCCACAACCACUCCCCGUAAACAGCGAGGUCGAACCUUCGCUCAGCCCACACCACACUCCAAGGCGGCAUUAUCUCGUCGCAACCGGUCCAUUACUGGAUCACCUUCCAAGAAACGAGCUCUUCCUGUUAAAUCGCAAAAUACAUAUGCAGCUUCUAAGAGUCUUUUCCACCAUCUUCCGGAAGAUCCGUGGCUUCGGGCAAUGCACGCUCUGCACGUUGGCAGCCGACCAGACGCAUUGCCGUGUCGAGAAUCAGAAUUUCAACUGGUUCAUAAAUCUGUAUCCCAGCUCCUCGAAGAGGGUAGUGGAGGGUGUAUAUAUAUAUCAGGUGUCCCUGGAACAGGAAAGACAGCGACAGUACAUGCAGUCAUUCGAGAGCUGAAGCGCCUCGCAGAGAAUAAUGAAGUCAAUCCAUUUACCUACUGUGAAAUCAAUGGUCUCAGAAUCCCAGAACCAUCUGCGGCGUAUACACUUUUGUGGGAGACUGUGUCAGGACACGAUGUGGCCCAAGACGGCCAUUUGAAGAUGAGUGCGAAAGAGAGCUUGAAGUCGUUGACGCGGCAUUUCAGUGGUGGUGGGGGUCGAGGGAGGGGCUCCGGCAGUCAUGCUUGCGUCGUGCUAAUGGACGAACUGGACCAAGUAAUGACCACGAAACAGGAUGUGGUUUACAAUUUCUUCAACUGGCCCACAAUUGCAGGAAGUAAGCUCGUGGUGAUCGCUGUAGCAAACACUAUGAAUCUUCCAGAACGGAUGACAGGCCGAGUGCGAAGUCGUCUAGGCAUGCACACUAUAAACUUCGAGCCAUACAAAACUCAGCAGCUUGAACAGAUUGUCAAGGCCCGACUUGCAGGUGCAAAUGAAAGCUUACCUUCGAGCAAAGCCAUGGAGCUCCUCACUACUGACGCUAUCAAAUUCAUUGCGAUGAAGAUCAGUUCUAUUAGUGGAGAUGCGCGGCGUGCGUUGGAUGUCUGCAGACGCACGUUGGAACUCAUGCGUCCGAAAGGAAUAGCAGCUCGCACAAGUGAUGUCAAAGAUGUGAUUAAGGAAAUGCAGAACAGUCCUACUGCAGCGUACCUGCGCGAGUGCAGUCUUCACGAGCGUAUCAUGUUGGCGUCGUUCAUCAAGUGCAUGAAGCGCGAAGGGGUUGAAGAGAUCAAAUUGGGUGACUUGCGAUAUCAACACUUGAUCUACGUCGAUGCUCUUACCUCUGCUGGUGAUCCUACGCGUAAGCCGUCCACAAACGAGCUGAGGGUGGUUCUUGAAUCCCUGGUCGCUUCUCGGGCAAUGCUCAUCGAAGACGGAACUGCCGCAAUGCGAAAAGCCGAAGCAGAAAGAAAGGUGGUGCUCAACCUUGACCAGAAUGAGGUCGAGAGUGCCUUAUUCGAAAUGAAUGAUACGUGGAGACAAAGGCUUGGUGAAUCUUAACAAGUUGUCAGGACUCCCACGCAUUUUGGAAUAUAUAUGUGGUUUGUACAGUGUCUAUCCGCUUCAAAGUCCUUCCCCUAGAUCCCAUC